CUGCCAUUGCUUUUUCCUACUCACUGCUUGACGCUCGGAUACCACCAUGCAGGCCGACGACGUAAUAUGGAGUGUGAUAAAUACCCAGUUCUGCUCUUAUAAGGUCAAGACGGCGACGCAGAAUUUCUGUAGAAAUGAGUACAACGUCACCGGCUUUUGUUCUAGACAGUCUUGCCCUUUAGCUAAUUCUCGGUAUGCGACUGUGAGAGAGAAAGACGGGAUAUUGUACCUUUAUGUCAAGACGAUCGAACGUGCGCAUCUACCGAACAAGAUGUGGGAGCGAAUAAAACUCUCCAAGAACUAUGCCCAGGCUCUAGAGCAGAUCGAUAAGGAACUGAUCUACUGGCCCAAUUUCAUCACACACAAGUGCAAGCAGCGUGUGACCAAAAUCACCCAAUAUCUUAUCAAAAUGCGCAAAUUGAAGCUCUUUGCGCAACCCAAGCUUGUUGGUAUUAAGAAGAAACUUGAUCGUCGAGAAGCGCGGCGGGAAGCCAAGGCGCUGGCUGCUGCACACAUCGAGCGCUCAAUCGAGAAGGAGCUGCUGGAGCGACUUAAAUCGAAGGCAUAUGGUGAUGCACCCCUGAACGUGAAUGAAAACGUCUGGAAGCAGGUGUUGGAGGGUAAGCGGGCACGGGAGAAAGAGGCUGAGAAAGAACUGGACGGAGGGCUGGAGCUGGAAGACGACGAGACGGAGGAAGAAGAUGAGGAAGAGCUCGAGGCGGAGAUGGAAGAGGAGGAACUUGAUGAUUGGGGCGAGCAUGAGUUUGUGGAGGACGUCAGUGGCGACGAGUUUGAUGGAAUUAGUGAUUUGGAAGAUUUGGACGAAGAUGGAGAGUUUGUUUCAGACGACGAAGAAGAGGACUCCGAGGUUGAAGCACCUCGGAAACCAACCGUUGAUUCUAUCCUUGGCAAGCGGAAGGCUUCCUCAGCCCAAAAGGGCCCAGAUAAACCCAAGAAACCUAGAAAGAAGGGUGCGCGCGUAGAGAUCGAGUACGAGAGAGAGACAGCCCCCGCCGCAAAAGAGAUGCUGGUCAAUUGGUAG